UUCAAGACUUGGAGAAGCCUUUACUGAACCUUAUUGUUAAGCACAAAAGUAUGGACGUUUAAUGGAUAGGUAGGUAGGUAGGUAGGUAGAUAGGUAGGUACAUAUGUAACUAGGUAUUUGUAUGGCUCUGUGAGGGGCUGAAUAUAUGUGGAUGUCUAUCUGCCCAGAUACCAGAUAUUAGGUACAUGUAUAAAAAGGUAGAUGCUUCACGCGAAUUUCAUUGCCUGAUACCCUAAAUGAUGCCACCUUGUUCGUAUCCCGGGAAAUGUGUUCACAAUGAAUCAAACAGAAAGAAGGGCGAAAGCACGCAUGCUCGUGCAAAGGAUCGCUUGUGAGCAUGGCUACCUUGGCGAGGAAGUCUACGCAAGGAUGCCUACAGACAUACGCUGCAUGGUGGAGGAGGCACUGAAAAAGAAGGAUCGUAUGAUUGGAAAAAGCGUUGUAACCUUGGCCAAAAAUCUUUACUCGAAAGAUGUUAGAUUCCUCUUCGAGUUACUCCAAAACGCCGAUGACAACAAAUUCCUUGAUGCCACAUCUUCAGGCGCUGUACCUUACGUGUCUUUCAACAUUCAUCAAGAUCGUAUUAUUGUUGAAUGUAACGAGGAUGGGUUCACUGAGACUAAUAUUCAAGCAAUAUGUGCCGUCGGCGAAAGCUCCAAGACUGGUGCCCAAGGCUACAUUGGCGAAAAGGGCAUUGGCUUCAAGUCAGUGUUUAAGGUAGCUUGGAAAGUCCAUAUUCAGUCUGGUGACUAUUCCUUUACUUUCACGCAUCGAAAAGGGGACUCGGGGAUGGGAAUGAUCUCUCCAGAGUGGCUAGACACGAAUGAAGCACUAGCAAAGCCCCUAACAAGAACGACCCUUUUUUUGCACGAUGAGGGAAACCUUUCACAGCGCCAGAACAUCCUAGCCGAAUUAGAUGAUCUUCGGCCUACAAUGCUCUUGUUCUUGAACAACCUGAAAAUAAUUGAGGUACACGUGUACGACGAAGAUGGAAACGAGACUUGGUCAUCUAUUUUGACGAAAAAACCAUUCUCUGGAGGGUUCAAUGUACUCGAGAAGACCCACACUGAGAAGGAUAAGACUACAUGUAUAGAACAGAUGUAUCAUGUGGUAGAAACGGUUGCAUCAAACCUUCCUCCAAAUGAGAACAGGGAGUACACAGCCCAGGAGGAAUCUUCGAGAGCGUACAGCAAGGCCAAAGUGAUACUGGCAUUUCCACUUUCCAAAGGAUUAGAACCAGUCAUGGAAUCGCAGGAGUUGUUUGCGUUCUUACCCGUCUGUCGAGUUGGAUUCAAUUUUAUCAUCCACAGUGACUUCUGUACCCAGGCAAAUAGAGAAAAUAUCGUAACGACAUCCCCCCGAAAUAUUCGCCUCUUAGACGCAUUAGCAGAUGCGUUCAUUGUUUCGAUGAGGGGGUUGUGUCAAUUUGAUAGUCUACGGUUUAAGUGGAUGAGAUAUCUUCCGAAAUUGGUUGAUGAUUCAAGGGAUCCAUUCUGGAAAAUACUCGUUGAUAAGAUCAAAGUCGGUAUUUCCGAGGAAGAACUACUCAUUCUGGACGAUGGCUCGACUUUACGACGAAUAGCACAGGUGAAACAACUCAGGAGAAAGCACCGUGACAAAGAAGGCAACCCUUUAUUUGCGGAUCUCGAUGAAGCCUGCUAUAUCUCCCCUUCUUACCAACCUUCUGAUCUUGCCAUCCUCAAAGACUACGGACUUGCCUAUCUUUCACAGGAUAUGCUUCUUGACAGAGUCAAAAAAGACUUAUAUUGUAGUAACUCUAGGUACAAGUCUCCUUGGUCUAACGAUGACUGGCACAAACGUGUAUCGAGGUUACUAAUACCCCCAAUUGAAACGCCAACGUUAUGUCGUAUAUUCUUGGAAAGAACUAUAUUUCUAGAACUCGUUCCCUUAACCGAUGGGCAAUGGGUUAGUGCGGCUAAUGUAGAUGUACACUUUUCAUCUACAUGGGAUUCUUUCCCAAUUCCUGGAGACCUCGGUUAUCGUCUAGUCAGCCCCCUAGCAGAGAUGCUGCAAGCCCGGCAGAACCUAUUCACACACCUUGGAGUCCAUACUGCCUUGGCGAAAGACGUCAGCGACAAGAUCUUUGACAAAAACUCAAACUCAGAGAAAAUAGACUUCCAGAUCUCGUUGUCACAUCUCAGAUUUCUCUAUAUGGCCCACAGCGAGGGUGAGCCUCAAUAUAAUUCAAUGAUGCUAUGUGACACCAAUGGGCAAUCAUAUCGACAGACAUCCAAUCGGUUCUACAACCUGGGAUUCCUAUGGAAACUAGUGAAGAAGGCACGGACAGUUCCGGAUUGGGAUAAUGUUCAUUUCUUGAACGAAGGAUACUUCACAGAUCCCCCAAAUAAACCGAUCCUAAAGGCCCAAAACCACCCAACGUGGGAAGACUGGCUACGGGAAGCUAUGUGUGUACACGAGUACUCGCCGCUCAUUGAUGAAUGGACAGAUGGUUCUGAAAAUCUUUGGAAACUUUCUGAAGAAUGCCAAUUUGUGGCUGAGCAUCUCCCUUCUGACCUGCUAAACUUCCUCGAAUAUAAUUGGGGUCGAAAGUCACAGAUCACAACCGACGAAGAAAGGCAAUGUUUAGGAAAUCUGGAUGUACGUUGUCGAGGCGGCGAAUCUAGAGCUCUUUCAAGCACAUACCUUCCCCUUCCUAUACUACUAGCCAAGCGGGACGAAUUCAUGCGACAAGGAGAGUUCUUUCCUUUUCUCGACAUCGAUGGCAAUCUGGGUGAAAUAUCAAAAUGGAGCUUUUUGCAAACACUUGGAGUAGGAGGUCAUGCCGACCUUCGCUUCUACCUUCACAUCCUGAGUGGGAUCCAAGCAAAGAAUUUUGGUGGCAUCUAUGAGCCUUCCCGUGUCAUACAUCUAUACCUACGGAUACAUGAAGAGUCUUCGCAUUCCAGCAACAUCGGCCUACGAAAAGCAAGACGAACUACGGUAUAUGACUUCUUCAAAGAUGAAAGUGGUGUGUUCAUACCUUUCUCGGAGACGAGGAACUGUAGCUGGGUUUCACCGACUAGUUGUGUACUCGAUGGUCCGGUUGAUAUGCGCAUUUCUCACCCUAUCCUCUCGAUAUAUCGUGAUUCCUUUCCAACCUUGGAUCUCGAUUUCGCUCAGCUCAAGAAAUUCUUCAGUGUUACUUUGAAGGUCCCUAAUUGUUCUAAUUCGAAUAUUGUGGCCGAACUCGAAAACAUGAGCCGAGAAAAUUGUCAGGAAUUUGAUCGAAUCCUCAAUAUGUAUAGAUAUCUUAAGGGGCAAAACGCUUCCAGCAAAAACAGUACGAAACUGAAAGAAUCCUUCGAGCAAGGUGCUCUGACUUUCGUGGGAACAGACUUGCAUAAGGGCUGGUAUAAGCCAUCUCAGUGUCUCUGGUCUAGUUCAACAGCGAUUCGAGGCAGAGUGAACCUGAGAAGCGUGUAUGAAAGCAAUAUGGAGAACUUCUUUGUCAACACCAUUGGAGUGAGCCGGCUCGAUGCCAAUGUUGUUUAUCAGGACUUGCUGGAAUUAAAUCCAAGGGAGGCUGCCGUAGACGACGUCAAAGAUCUUCUUCGUACAAUGAGCUCUCAGAUUGAAAUCAAAAGCCCGGAAUCUUCAGCUGCGGAAUUAUUCCAACGCCCCAUUCUACCGGUCAGAGAUGUUAAUGGCCGAGUUACCCUCCGGUCAUCAGACACCGAUUUUGUGAUUAUUGACCGCAAGAGGCUUGGCGAUAUCUUUCACGAUAGCGUCAAAAUGCUCGAUUUCAGCUUCAGUGAAGUCUGCCACCUACACCCUCUCAUAAGAUGGGCCGCACUUGAGGACCGGUAUAUAUCACGACUGGUCAAAGAGACCUCAGUUCUAGAAUUAGGUGCCAGAACCCACAUCUCAGAUCCGAGGCAAGAUAUUAAGAAGAAAGCAUAUAGUCUAUUCCGAAUCGCAGUUCAUUACAAGAGCCCUCGAGUAGAGGGGGAUGGCAGGGAGUUCUACCACUUUCUUCGGGCCAUCAAAACCUGGGAGGUUAAUAGAAUAUCGACGACUCUUGUGCUUUCGGCCAAUGGAGAAGAAGUAACUAAAGAGGUUAGCACCGGUGAAGUUCACAUCGAUGAUACUAACGGCUUGGACAUUUAUGUCCCGCAUGACGAAACCUUACGAUAUACCUCGUAUCUUUCCACUCUCCCGAAACGCCUCGCAAAGUGGAUCAUGACUGGUCCUACACCAAGUGUCUCUGAUCAUUUUGAUGAAACUGCUGGAAGACACAUCCAGGGCGUUUUAUCUGCCAAUUCGUCAGCUGUUGAAGAUCAUCUGCUGUCAAACGAAGGCAUAAUUGAAGUCUCUAUACCACGAGAAACAGAAGAAGACGUCUCUACCUACCAAGUGGUAACAGAAGAAUAUAACAAUGACGAUGUAUUCAAUGAUGCAGAUUCCUCCUGGUCAAACCUGGUGGGAUCCUCUACUACUAUAGGAAGAGCAACCCGGCUAUACAAGAAGCUUUUAAUACAGGUCGCGUCAGCCGCAAAAAGGAGCCGCAUUCUUGCUGACACCCUUGACCUUUCAACCCUUUCUGAAGCAUUGUCUAGCGAGGAUUCCACUGAUAGCGAAACCUUUGGCGAAUUCAAUCUCUUCCGUCCCAAUACAGAGAUGGAACGGAAUAGGAGAGUUGGAGCCGCGGGCGAGCUCUUUGUGUUUGUGAUUCUCAGCUACAUGAACCCACGUCUCCGUCGCUUCGACCGGGACAACUGGACGAGCACCAUCCGAGGUUAUGCGACGAGCCAUCCCGAUUUUGCGGACAUGGGAACCUGGCUAGGAAUCGAGACUUCGGACCUUGAGUACGAAGACGUGGACGGCACACUGACAGAAGCGCUCGUGAACAAGGCGUACCUGCCGAGUAGCUGGAGCAAUCGCCGCCCACACUACUACAUUGAAGUCAAGACGACUUCCGGCACCUGGGACACGCCCUUCUAUAUGAGCCACGGCCAGCACGCCUCCAUUCAGCGCCUUUCUACGGAGAACUCGGUAUACGUCAUCUUCCGCGUCUUCAAUCUGUAUACCCCCAAUAUCGGCGUCAAUAUCUAUGUGGACCCCGCUCGUCUGGCCAGAGAAGGGCGCUUGAACUUCUCGGCUGACUCGUGGACUGUGACUCCCCUUGCCAAGUCAUGAAGCAUUACUGAAGAUAUUGCAGGAGGAUGGUAAGUAUAUUAUCAUAGGUUACUAAGGUACGGGAGGGGCUUUUCCUAAACUAGGCACCUGGCAGAGACAGCUUAAUGUAGGCAGAGGCUUAGGCACUGCAUGAUAUUCCGAGAUAUUCCCUACUAGGUAGGCAUUGAGUUAAAUUUGACA